AAUGCGUAAACGGGAUAAUGUCAUAUAUUGAAAGAGAAGAGGUUAACUUAUUGCUAACUUAUUAAUAUUUCGACAGUUCCCCUUUAAAAAGUGGCUCAUUCGUGUCAUUGUUCCCUGUUUUAUUUGGUACCAUAAGGUGUGUGUGUGAGGGGUGUGUGUGUGCUUGUGUGUGCGGUAUUAACAUGCGAUUAUUACACAGCGCUCUUCCUACUUGUUUGGUUAGAGACUGUCGGUUUUGCGCUUAUGUCAGGACGUCUCUCCCCUUACAGCUUAACUGAACGGCGGCGCCGUCCGUCGCAGAAACAGCCUUGACACGGUUAAUCGGACGCUUUCUUCAGGAGUGGAUAACUACAGAAAGGGAUCGAUACAACUGGCUCCUACAAGGGACUAUUCCUGACGCAGAAGAACUGGGGCACAAUUCACUCCUCGCUUGUCUGUGUUGAGAGGCGAGGGGAGAGGAGCGUGAGAGAAGGUGCAACUUGGACAAUAGCGAGGAUACAGACGGGGAAUAGCUGGGAGAGUAGCCCUCCUCUCUGGAAGACUACUACCGGAGACCCAGUCGUAUUAUGGAAUCGAGGGAGUGGAAAGGGAUGGGAAGAGGUGUCCGGAGCUGCCACCAGAAAUCGUGAUCUCCCUUUUCUCUUUUCUUUUUCUUUCUUUUUUUUCGCCGUGGGAAGGAAUUGUGAUAUGAAAUGUGCGGAGUCGGUAUACCGCUGGAGCGCUGGAAAAGCCUGAGUCCAGGAGAUGUAUGCGGAGUGAACAGUGAAGACGCGCCUUUCCAGAGCCUCGCGGCGAGGGCGCUCGGACAUGCUGCAGACUGUGUCAGAGGCUUCAAUAUCUGUACCCAGCGUCUCCCUGCAACAAUGCCGGGGUUCAAGCAACCUGUUAUCUGCAUCUAGACUGGGAUGUUACUGCACUUCUGACGAGGACGAAUAAUACAAACGAUGGCGUUAUUCUUUCAGUGAGACGAACACCUUUGACGGCUGCUGCUGAUUUGCCGUUAAACUCGGUUCAAAUAACAUUAAAGAAUACGCUAUCUAGAUAAAGCAAAUUAACCCAAAAACUUGGACCGACGUCCACGUUUGGAUUUUUACGUUUCUCCUACUUGUGUUUCUUAUGCUUUUGACCAGGAGAUGCAAAUGAACGAAAGCUCUCCUUCAUUUCAGCUGACCGGAUUGCCUUCCUCCUUAGAUAACUUUUUAGUUUCUGGUUGAUUUUUUAUUAUUUUUGUUCUCGCUAGUCAUUGUUCUCGGAGGGAUUUUCCGGAGGAUUAGGCGACCUUUGGAAUUGCCCACCGGGGGACUCGGGAGAAUGCAGGCCGGUGUGAGAGCGCUGUGUGCCGGCAGCGGAGCGUCUCUCUGCUGCCUUCUCCUUCUCUGGGUCAUCUACUCGCAUUUACUGAAAGAAGGCCAGCUGGCAGUGGGGACGUGUGAGAUCGUGAUGCUGAACCGGGACAGCAGCCAGCCGCGAAGGACCAUUGCCCGGCAGACUGCGCGCUGUGCCUGCCGGAGGGGGCAGAUUGCGGGCACCACUCGGGCCAGACCGGCGUGUGUAGACGCACGGAUAGUGAAGAAUAAGCAGUGGUGCGAGAUGGCGCCAUGCUCAGAGGGCGAGAUCUGCGGGCUGCUGAUGAACCGCUCUGGUUGGACGUGCACCAAGGGGGGUGGAAGGAUAAAGACAGUCACGCCUUUACCCAAGGAACCAUCUUAAAGUGUUCACAUAUGCCAAGAGGAGGUUUCCUGACAGGCUUGGGAAAGAGGAAGGAGAUCAUUAUCCCGGCAGCAUUGCGUCUCCACUUAAAUGUACCUCAGCUCAAUCCCACCCCUCUGUGGAGCUCAUCGUCUGUCCUUGGCAUCAUUCACUCACCUCACAUCCAGCCAGAGAUGACCUCCCUCCCCCGUCCAUCCUGCGCUCUCAGCAGGCAGACACGUUGCACUUCUGCAGCCAGCGAGCCCAGGAACACUCCUUCAGCUCUUGUGGACUGAAAUGCCUGUGGACUUAGAGGAUCGGGAUCCAGACUCUCCACGUUCCCUCUCACACUCCCUCUCUCCUCCUUGGCACCUGUUGGGAGCAGAAAGUUAUCGUCAAAACCUUUAGGGAAGAUCUUGGUGUUCAUCUGUGCUAUUUUGUUCCAAGAAGAGCAUUUGUCCUCAGUCCACAGCUUUAUAUGUGAUUGUUUCGUUUUUCAAGGAAAAUGGGGGAUAAAGAAUAUGUAUAAAAAAGCUUAUGUGACCAAGAGGAGGCUGUGAGGAAACACGGUCGUUUGUUGAGAGGAGAGACAGAAGCAGAAUGAAAAUGCUGACCCUGCCGAUCUCCAGGAACUGAAAAUCCCAUGUAACCAUGGCCUGGAGCUCCAGGGGUCUGGAGUUCACUGAGGAGAGAAGAGGACAGACUGGCAGCUAUCCUGCUGAUGGAGCACAUUUUGUGGGGAGAGGGAGGACACAGAUGCUGAGCACUGGAACAGCUGUAAUUAUUCAUAGAAGGUCACCCAUACAUGAACAGAGCCAGAGCCAAACUGCCAUAGAUGUAGACCUUACAGUGACCCCUGCCUCCCCUGCUCCACUCUCGUUCGGCUUUUCUUUGGGGUUAAUUUCUUCUUUGGUUCAUAAAAACAUAAAUUCAGUGGAGACAGAAAUAUGUGUUUAUGUGUGUGUGUGAGAUCACAAAGGUCCUAAACACCAUGUGAACAGAGAGAUCACAACUGUGUUUCUGAAUAGAUACACCUGUCUUUUCCCCCUCAAAAGCCUUCCAACUCACUUCUGCUCACAGUCACACUCACUGGCACAUACAUCAAUGCAUCUUGAUUUUUCUCUGCACUGCCUCUGCAGGGUGGUUAAGGCUGCAGACCGCUGGGAAAGCAUGCUUGAGAGAAGAUUUCUCUCCACUCCACAGUAUCAUAUUUCUCUCAUGUGAACAGGGUGGUUUUCGUAGCCAUGGGUGCUAUUGUAGCUGAUGGGUCGAUAUCACACUGCAUUAACAUAGCAGAACAUUUCUGAUAUUUACUCUAUUCCAGCCUGGACUGAAACGAGAAAAGGACCUCAUUUCCUGAGGAGCAAGGCUUGUAAUAGUAAUGUCCUUAGCAUUGGUUGGUGGUGGCUGCAGCUUUGAUAAAAAUCAAAGGCUCUGCGAUCCUGAAAGAUCCUCCCCUGUGUCUUCUUAUGAAGAAUUUGCAAGGCUUCUAUAGUUGGCUCUUGCUGCCCUCUCUACACUUGUGGAAUAAAGCUCUAAUAGAAAUUGAGGUAUCAUGGAAGGCCCUUUAGGGGGAAAGAAGCUAUGCACAAAGAGAUUCGUGGAGAAGCUCUGUGAUUUCAUUCUAAAGAGAUAUGUAUUCCCAUCUGAUGGUGGUUCUGAGGAUUUGUAAUUUUCAUUUUCAUGCAAUUGAAAGUUACCAAAUAUACAUUGAGAAAACCAAUGUAUAUGCUGUAGCCUCCCAUGAGAGUAAUGUGAGUAAAUGUUUAUCCCACUGUAUCGUUGGCUUCAGUGGCCCCCUUUUAAGGACAAUCUGUUGCCUAUUUUUAACACUUGAUAAGAAGAGGAAGCAGCAGCUUCUUAAUCAGAGGCAGGCUUAAGAUACCCAACAGGUGUAAAGUGAGGCUGACCUUUUGUAUAUGGCAUACCCCUUGAUUAUGAAUCAAUGACCAAAAAAAUCAUUCAUUCAUGAAACUUAAUGUACAUAGUCAGUGUUUGGAAGGUAUUGCAGUAUAACAAGGGUGAUUUUUUUACAUCUUUUUGGUGAUAAUGGAAAAAUACAGAACACCUCCCAGAGAACAGAACAGAUCCCAGAGUAAAAUUGACCUAGAGGGAAAAUGGUUGAGAUUUCUACCAUAAUUUUAAUACCAUUCUUCUGAGUUUCAUCUAUCAGGACAUAAAGAGUAAUCUUUUCCUGAAAUUAUUUAGUAACGCAUAGGAAUGUCAGUUUUUGCAUUUUUGUUCAGAUGAGUAGAUCAUGAAGGCAUGAGGGGAGUCAGGGUUCUGAACGUGUGGGCUAUUUUUAUCCAGUGAGCACCUCUCUGGAGGUGGACUCCCAUUUCUCUUGAGGUUCAACCGGGUUGAUGCUAGCUCAUCUUGUAAGAGCAGUAUUAAACACAGGAGGUGCUUCAUAACAUUGAUACCAGUUACAGAGAAGCUAUAAGUUUGUGGUGUGGUUAUAGGGGUAUGGAGCCACUUUCUGGGGACUGCAAUGUGAAAAUGGGUGCAGGAUUCUUUCAUUCUGUAUUUGCCAAUGUGUUAACCUCUUUGUAGGCAAUGCUACCAGACACCAGCUAUUAAAGCUGGGGUGCUGCCAAGGAAUCUAUUGUUCUCACAUCUGGAGAAAAACACAGAGCCCUGACGUAUUAAAAUGAGUAGUCUUAACAUGAUACAGCUGUGCUAAAUACCAAGCACAAAGAGGAGCAGGCUCAAACACUUAAGCAUCUGUUAGUUUGGAACAGCUUAUAAUGGAGAGCUUGGCAUAGAUGGUUCAUAGUUAGAUUAUGUGCUCAAAUGUAAUGUGAGGAAAUUUAAUGAUAUUGUGGAAGUGCUCAUUUUAUUAGUGCAGGGCUCUGUGUAGAUAUAAAUAUUCUGUAAUCUCAUGUUUUCUGUUUAUUUUUUACUAUUUCAAUAAAACACCCACCAAAGCUACCAAUAGCACUCACAAAAUAAAUACCUACUCUUGGUUUCUGCACUUGAAAAAUGCUUGUUCAUGUACUUAAAGAAAUAUUCCAAACUUGUAAAUAGAUAUAAAAACAGCGGUUUUCUAUGUUGUACCGUUAGUGCCAACUGCAGUUACCUUCUCUAUAUUCAUUCUAUUUAACAUGUUUCCAGAGCUGACAGCUGUGGUUUUAGUAGAGACAACUCAUGCUGUUCCAGUUAUAAAGUUAUAACUUUAUUAAAUAUACAUUUACAAAAAGGUUA